AACAAACCGGAUCGCUAAGAACUUGAUUUCGGUUAUCCAAUCCGCUCGUCGGUUUUACUAUCCGGCAAAAGUGUUUUCAUUCUACGAAAAUGCUCUCCCUUACCAGUGUUGCUUUUGUGCGGUGGAGCACCUCGUCCCUGCUAGUUAGUGGUGCCAGGUUGCUGCAUACCACACCCGUAGAUUUGGCCGCCCGGAAAGGUACCCGUGAAAAGGCACGCAAAGCAAAAGUUAAGAAGGUGGUCGAAAAGGUUGGAUUCAUCCGACAUGAUCUGAGGAAGAAGGGCAAGCUCAACAUAAUUGCAGAAAAUAAACACAUCAACGACAGUUGGAAGCAAGACCCGAAGGACAAUUGCUGGGUGAGCAAGUACUAUAAGUGGCGCGUGUACUCUGUCGAGGAAGCGAUCAACUGCCACCGGGAAACGCAUCACCCGACUGUCUACAAUCUGCCGAAAGCCCCUCUGUAUGCACACGUCGAGCUGAACAUGCAGGCGGAAAAAGUGACUCGCUUCGUGGACAACUUCCAGAGAAUGGUCGCGAUACAGCAUCCGUUCCCGCAUGGCGAAAAUCGAAACAUAAUCGUGUUCGCAAAGGGCCAAGAGCCAUUGCAGGAAGCCAAAGUGGCUGGCGCUUCGCUGGUCGGUGGGCUGGAGUUGAUUAAGGAAAUUCAAAACGGCGAUCUGCAGCUGUCGGAGUUUCCGUUCGUGCUGGCCCAUCCUAACAUUCUCCCGGAACUGGUGGUUAUCCGUGGUUUGCUGAAAAAGAACAAGUUUCCAAAUCCACGAUCCGGCACGCUCGGUGUCAAUUUGGCAGAAAUGAUAGAAAAGUACGCCCACGGCAUCAACUACAGUGCGGCAAAGGACGAGCAGCAGAAAGACUUCGGCUCCAUCGUCGCCUGCAUAGGGACGCUCGAAAUGGACGAGAAGCACCUAGAAAGUAACUUGAUUGCAUUGCUCAAGGAUGUUAACACGAUGCGACCGAAGCGUGAAGGAAAGUUUGUGACACGCGUGCUACUGAAAAGUCCUCCAUCGGGAGAGAAUCUGAAGAUUGAUCCGUUCCUGUACAUCCCGGCGGAAGCCACCUUUACCAAAAAGUCAUCGAAAGCGGAUGCUGUCGCUGAAGAGGACGAUGACACGGAGGAGCAGCCGCAAGUUGCCAGCGGAGCCGCGUGAAUUCGGCAGCGGCUACCCCGUUUUCUACGGCGAUCGGUUCCGGAGACCGUAUGCCUGUAGUGGAAUUGAAU